AUGGAAUCUAUGGGUAAUUCUGAGUGGGGAACAGUUUGUGCAAACGUGAACAAAUUAGAAACAGAAAUGUGGAAAAAUGAAAGUUAUAUGGACACCGAAAUGCAUAAAUUAAUAGUAACGUACGGAGAAGAUACAACUGACGACAGCGAUACAAGUACUGAAGAUGAAGACGAUGAUUUAGGUGUAGCACCACUACAGCCAUAA